CACUACUUCUCUCUUCGUCGCCCAGCAUAGCCUCAUCGUCCCUCCCCCUCACGGCCGGUUUCCGGCAACCGGGCAAACACCUCCAUCGGGGUAUGAAGAAGAAGAUCUACCCCAGCUUCCCCUCUCUCGAAACUUCAAACCCCUCUCUCAUCCCUUGCGCCGGCCACCACCACCACCACCUCGACCCUCAGCCACCUCUUCCACCGGCGGCGCCGACGACCCUCACCGUUUGGCGAAAAUCCCUCCUAUUCAACUGCAACGGCUUCACCGUUUUUGAUUCAAAUGGAAAUCUCGUCUAUCGCGUCGAUAACUACUCCAAGUCCGGAAACCAGGCCGAGAUCGUUCUCAUGGACGCCGCCGGCAAGCCCUGUCUCACUAUUCGCCGCAAGACGAAACUGAUUUGGGGGGAGCAAUGGGGGAUUUACGAAGGCGAGAGUGCGGCGAACCCUAGGUUUUCCGCGCGAAAGCACGGGGGCUUCUUCCAAUCGAAGGCGCUGGCUCGGCUAUCUCCUCGCUGCUGCGAGAUGGCAAUCGGCGGUGGGGAGGGAUACGAAGUGGAGGGAUCGUACAGGCAGCGGCGGUGCGCGGUGGUCGACGAGAAGGGGCGGGCAAUGGCGGAGAUGCAGCUGAAAGAGGCGGUGGGUGAUGCGGCUUUUGGACUCGAUGUUUUCCGUCUUGUGGUUCAGCCGAGCUUUGAUUCUGCGGUCGCCAUGGCUAUCGUUGUUCUGCUCGAGGAGAUGAUCGGAUCCAAGACCUAGUUCAUCGCGGGCCGAGGAAUUUACAUGCAUAGCACCUAUUUUUUAUAGAUUUAAUUAUCUCACAUUUA